AUGGGUGAUUAUGCACACGGCGAACGGUACUGUCGUUUGUUGUUGGACGAACUUCCUGUGGGUCAUAGAGAUCGUCUUGUUGCACUUACAAUUCUGGGACACAUUGCUCAAGAUACUGAUAGACAAGAAGAAGCAUAUGCCCAUUAUGAGCAGGCUCUUAAUGAAUGCGAGCCCAACAAUAUCAAUCAGAAGAUUUUGGUAUCUAUGCCACUCAAUAAUGUGGCCACAAUGCAUUUUGAAGCUGGACACUAUGAUGUAGCUACAAGCGAAUUUUUACAACUACUUAAAUUACGUGAGACUUAUCUUUCGACCGAUGAUUCGAGGCUAAUUUGUACCUACAAUAAUCUAGCCAUUUGCUUACUGAUGAAAGGUGAUAUGAAGGGGGCUGUCGACAAGGCAGAAAAAGCACUUACUCUGUGUAAAAAACAUCUACCUGAGAAUGAUCCGACCCGCGCUUCAGUUGAAGGCAAUUUAGGUGAUGUUUACUAUCAGUUAGGUCGACAAAAAGAAGCUAUUUUUCAUUGUGAAAACGCUCUUGCUAUUCAGAAACGAUGCAUGCCUUCUGGUCAUCGUUUCCUCAUCACUGCUCAUCGCAAUUUAGGAAACAAAUAUACCGAUAUAGGAAAUUACGCUCAAGCUCUUGCUCAUUUGGAAAGUGCGCUUACAAUCGAACAACAUCAAGAUAACGUGGAUCCACUCUCGCUAGCCGCAACAUUUAAUGGUAUUGGAUGUGUAUUAAGUGGACAAGGUCGUAAAGAUGAAGCUUUGUCUUAUUUUCAACGAGUUCUUCAGCUUAUUCCUGAAAAUCAUCCUCAACGUAUUAGUGCUCUACAGCGGCUCGGUUCGAUACUAGGGCAGAUGGGGGAAAUAGCUGCUGCUUACGACACUUUAUGUCAAGCGAUCACGUUACAUGAACAGCAAAAAGAUAAUUCUAAUGAACUCGAAUUAGCUGAUAUAUAUCAUUCCAUAGGUACUAUUCAGUGUCAAAGUGGAGAAUUAGACAACGCCGUUGGAAACUAUAACAAAGCUCUAGCCAUCCGGCAGCGUUUAUUACCUCCAGCUCAUUCAGACAUCGCAAGACUAUACAAUGAAUUAGGUGCUAUACAUUUGGACAGACGUGACUAUGUACAUGCACUCAACUACUUUCAACGGGCUAGAGCCAUAGAGUUAGAAACAUUACCUGAAGGACAUCUCGAGUCAGCGCGUACACAACACAAAAUUGGCUACACUCUGUUUGAAAUGGGCAGGGUUUCCGAAGCACAAAUAGAAGAAGAAAAAGCACUUGCGAUCCUGCUUGAAAAAAAACAACUUUACGCGAAUCAUCCACUACUUAACAGUAUACGGAGAACUCUCAGCGUAAUACAUAUCACUAUUGCUGCUGCGCAUCAAGCACCAGCAAUUACCCAACAGGAUCAGAAUGAACAACAACAAAAUCGCUAA